AUGGUGGAACAGUGCAUGACCCUGGAGGUCCAAUGUGCCAACACAGGGUCUUCAGCUCCUCAGGUCUCAAACAGGGGGUUUUGUGGACCUGUUGUCGUUCUGGGGUUGCUCUGUGGUUUCCUGAUCAUUGGACUCAUCAGCCUCGGGGUCCACGACCUGUCGUCUAUGGAUGCCGACCUCAGUGACCUUCUACCGACCUUUAAAAAACAAAUAUGGAACCUGACCGACGACAGAGACAGACUCAAUGCCAAAGUCACCAACAUGACUCAGGAGCUGGAGAGGCUGAAGGCAGACCUGUCGUCUAUGGAUGCCGACCUAAGUGACCUUCUACCGACCCUUAAAAAACAAAUAUGGAACCUGAUCGACGACAGAGACGGACUCAACGCCAAACUCACCAACAUGAUUCAGGAGCUGGAGAGGCUGAGGGCGGACCUGCCGUCUAUGGAUGUCGACCUCAGUGACCUUCUACCGACCUUUAAAAAACAAAUAUGGAACCUGACCGACGACAGAGACAGACUCAACGCCAAAGUCACCAACAUGAUUCAGGAGCUGGAGAGGCUGAGGGCGGUGAAAACGUGUCCUGAAGGAUGGAAACUGUUGAGCAGCAGCUGUUACUUCUCUUCAACUGCGGUAGGAACCUGGGAAACAGCUAGAAGCGACUGUAGAAAAAAAAGUGCAGAUCUGGUGAUCAUCAACACGAAAGAAGAACAGACCCACCCACCCCCUAUCCACAUCACAGACUUCAUCUCAGCGCUCAACAAGCAGUACUGGAUCGGUCUGAGUGAUCGUGAACAGGAGGGAACCUGGACAUGGGUCGAUGGAUCUCCAGUCACUCUGUCGUUCUGGCAUACAGGUGAACCUAACAAUUCUGGUGGAGAGGACUGUGGAGAAACCGUGACUUACGGCCAGUGGAAUGACCAGAGGUGUGACUACCACCGUCCUUGGAUCUGUGAGAAACAACUGUGGUCAUGA